CCUGCUGCUGCGGUCACACUGUGUGUGUUGUGCGUCGCGAAAAUAAUUAAUUUUUAGCCUGUUUAAAGCCUUUUAAAGCCAUGGAGGCAACAAGAAUUACCGUUGGCACUGGAAAUGCAGUGCCCGUUGCCGCCACCAAUCCCCCCGCAGUUCAUAUUAACCCCCCUGCAACUGCGAGCACACUAAUCCAAGCAGGCGUGUCGGCAGCAACAACAACCACAACUACCGUUGCCCCUACAGCACCAACAACAACACCAGCAACAACAAUAAUAGGAAGUACAGCUAACAUUUCAACUGUAAUUUCGACACCACUACGAAAUCCGAUUCACAAUCUACCGAUUGAACUGCAAAACGAUCAGAAACGAAGGAGUUCAUCGCGGACGAUCAAAAGGAAGCGUUUUGAUGACGAAAUAGUCGAGUACAACAUCGCAGUGCCCACAAAUCGCGGAGGAACAGACGCCAAUCGCAGCAGCAGACCACGGACCACAUCGCAGAACUAUCCCGCCUUGGUGGGCGUGCCACAUACCACGUUAGCGCCCUUGAACAUACCCAUUUCCACGCCGGAAGCGCCACAAACGCCGGGUUCCGCGGAUUCCCUGGUGCAUCCGGGUAGCAGUACCAGUACCGUUGCCUCGCUGCUGCCCCUGGCCACGCCCACCACGCCCGCUCCCCUGGCCACGCCCCUUCCCGUUGCUCCCAUCGUUUCGGCCGUAGUGCAUCAUCCCAAACCGCCCGUUAUGGAGCGUCCCACGACCAGCGACAGGCGUUCGCGUCCAGUGCGUCCGGCCAGCAAGAAAUCGCAGCGCCGGAAUGGACGUCCCAUGGGCCAGAUGGCCACCAAGGAUCUGGGCCGCUGGAAGCCCAUCGAUGACCUGGCCCUCAUCAUUGGCAUCCAGCAGACCAACGAUCUGAGGAUUAUCCAUCGCGGCGUGAAGUUCUCCUGCAAGUUUACGCUGCAGGAACUUCAGCAACGUUGGUAUGCCCUAUUGUAUGAGCCCGCUGUGUCCAGGAUUGCCGUGUCCGCCAUGAGGAACCUGCAUCCCGAGCUGGUGGAGUCCGUUCAGCGUAAGGCCUUGUACAGCGUGCAGGAGGAGGACCUAUUGGGCACCAUCAAGAGCUCGGAGCAACCCAAGCUGGAGCAGUUCCAGGAGCUGCUGGACAAGAACGCCUCCAUCUUCUACUGCGCCCGCACUGCCAAAUCCUUGCACAACCAUUGGCUACUCCUCAAGCAGUACAGCCUGCUGCCGGAUCAGGCUGUGAAGCCGCUUUUCGGCACGGAUCAGCAGCCACUCAGCUUCUCGGAUGCAGAGGAUCAGAUCUUCGAGCACGACUUGAACGAGCCGCGCGAUGAGGCUCUGGAAAUGGAGAAGGCUCUGGCCGAUCGCCGCAACAAACGUGAUAUUCGCCUGCUGGAGAACGAGCUCUCGCGCUGGGGCGUUCUGGUGGAUUCCGUUCUCAGUCCGACGGCCGCCUCCGAGUUCGACAACCAGACGCUGGCCUGUCUGUGCGGCCGCCAUGUGCGCUACCUUAUGCGCUCCAAGGAGAUCACCUUCGGGCGCGAUGCCAAGGACUGUGUGGUGGACGUGGAUCUGGGACUCGAAGGACCGGCUGCCAAGAUCUCGCGACGCCAGGGCACAAUCAAGUUGCGCAGCAACGGCGACUUCUUCAUUGCCAACGAGGGCAAGAGGGCCAUCUUCAUAGACAGCACUCCGCUGCUGUCGGGCAACAAAGCCCGACUGGCUCACAACUGCACUGUGGAAAUCUCCGGACUGCGCUUCACCUUCCUGGUCAACUACGAGCUGAUCAACGCCAUCCGCCAGGAGAGCGCCAAGACAUCGAAUCCCCUCAACUAGCGGCGCUUGGAGCGGGCUGGAUGGCGAGUCUUAAAUGUAUACAAGUACUUAGUAAGCAGCAAGGAGAUAAUUCUGGAAUAAACAGCAUAUUGACAAUAUGCCAUAAAUACCCAUAAA